AUGUCUACAAAGAUAUUCACUGAUAUGCGAUGGCAUAAAGACCAACGAGCCACAACUGAUACCAUUAUGAGGCAUCCUGCAGACUUUGAGUCUUGGAAGACAUUUGAUAAAGACCAUAGUUGGUUUGCUAGUGACGCUCGUAAUGUUAGGCUCGGUUUGGCCAGUGACGGUUUCAAUCCCUUCAACAAUUUAGCAAAACCUUAUAGCAUUUGGCUAGUUAUUAUAGUGCCGUAUAACUUGCCUCCUUGGUCAUGCAUGAAAGACCAAUUCUUCAUGACAUCCCUACUUAUUCCUAGUCCUAAAUCACCAGGUAAUGACAUUGACGUUUACUUGCAGCCAUUGUUUGAUGAAUUGGUUGAACUUUGGGAGCAUGGGGUGCCUACAUAUGAUGCCUCCACUAAGGCAACGUUUACGUUGCAUGCUGCCUUGAUGUGGACAAUCAAUGAUAUCCCUGCAUACGGUAAUCUCUCUGGCUUUUCAACUAAAAGAAAAUUGGCAUGUCCUUCUUGUAAUGCCAAUACAGAGUCAAAUUGGUUGAAGUUUGGGAGGAAACAGUGUUAUAUGGGACACCGUCGAUUCUUACCGCCAGACCACAUAUGGAGAUCGAGGAAAGGGUUGUUCAAUGGUAAAGAAGAUCACCAUAUUCCACCAAGGGUGUUAUCUGGAUCAGACGUUGUCAGUCAACUACAUAUGCUUAGGGAUGUGCAAUUUGGUAAAUCCCGUAGGAAGAGAAAACGCACUUCGGAAGAGUUGAAUUGGACAAAGAUUAGCAUAUUCUUCAAGUUACCUUAUUGGUCAACCCUUUUGAUUUGGCAUAAUUUGGAUGUUAUGCAUAUUGAAAAGAACAUUUGUGAUAACAUCUUCAGUACUUUAAUGAACAUUCCUGGCAAAACCAAAGAUAACAUCAACGCACGACGUGACCUGGAGAUUUUGGGUAUGCGGAAGGAAUUACAUUUGAGGCGUGCAGAGGUUAAGUUGCCUGAUGGGUUUGCUUCCAAUAUUGCCCGUUGUGUUUCCGUACGUGAUUGCAAAAUAUCCGGGUUUAAAAGGCAUGAUUGUCAUGUUGUCUUGCAAUGCCUACUUCCUAUCAUUCAAAGUGAUAUUGUCAUCAUCCUAUGUAAGUUGGAGAUGAUAUUCCCUCCAUCCAUUUUUGAUGUCAUGGUCCACCUAGCUAUUCAUUUACCUCGUGAGGCAAUUCUUGAGGGUCCAGUGCAAUAUAGAUGGAUGUAUCCAUUUGAGAGAUAUCUCGGCAAAUUCAAACAGUAUGUCAAGAAUAAAACACAACCAGAAGGUUCAAUAGCUGAAGCAUAUAUUCAUAUCGAAUGCUUGGCCUUUUUCUCAAUGUACCUCCAAGAUGUUGAGACGAAGUUGAACCGAGUUGAUCGCAACAUUGAUGGCGGAGGAGAGGACACCAUAGAUGGUUUCUCAAUUUUCAAUCAACAUGUUCGUCCAUUGGGUAUAUCAUCUAAUGUGGAAUUAGAUGAUAAACUCCUUAGCUCAGCUCGAUGUGAGCACUACGAGAAGUGUAAGUUGCAUAUGCCAAAUUCUGUUGAUCGCCAGCACAAGAAUGAGUUUUCAACUUGGUUCAAGAAACGUGUUCAAGACCAACGUAUAGUCAACCUGCAAGAUGUUUCCACAGAUCUAUAUACAUUAGCUUGCGGUCCUGACCUUUGGGUUGCAACAUAUUCUGCUUGCAUUAUAAAUGGCAAAAGGUUCCAUUCAAAACAAAGUGAACCAUGGCGAUGGACACAAAAUUCUGGUGUUGUUGUAACGAGUGAAAAUUUGCCUAAUAAUAUAGACUUCUAUGGUGUUAUAAAUGAAAUCUUGGAGUUAUGCUAUAUGGGAGGGCGUCACGUUUACUUGUUCAGUUGUGAUUGGUUUGAAGUCGGUGAUUAA